UUUGACAAAUGCCAGGAAAAGGAAACUGUUGAGAAACCGAAACUACUGGGGAAAGGGAGGGCUCACUGAGAACCAUCCCAGUAACCCGACCACCGCUGGUCUUCGCUGGACACCAUGAAUCACACUGUCCAAACCUUCUUCUCUCCUGUCAACAGCGGCCAGCCCCCCAACUAUGAGAUGCUCAAGGAGGAGCACGAGGUGGCUGUGCUGGGGGCGCCCCACAACCCUGCUCCCCCGAUGUCCACCGUGAUCCACAUCCGCAGCGAGACCUCCGUGCCCGACCAUGUCGUCUGGUCCCUGUUCAACACCCUCUUCAUGAACCCCUGCUGCCUGGGCUUCAUAGCAUUCGCCUACUCCGUGAAGUCUAGGGACAGGAAGAUGGUUGGCGACGUGACCGGGGCCCAGGCCUAUGCCUCCACCGCCAAGUGCCUGAACAUCUGGGCCCUGAUUCUGGGCAUCCUCAUGACCAUUCUGCUCAUUGUCAUCCCAGUGUUGAUCUUCCAGGCCUAUGGAUAGAUCAGGAGGCAUCACUGAGGCCAGGAGCUCUGCCUAUGACCUGUAUCCCACGUACUCCACCUUCCAUUCCUCGCCCUGCCCCCGGAGCCGAGUCCUGUAUCAGCCCUUUAUCCUCACACGCUUUUCUACAAUGGCAUUCAAUAAAGUGCACGUGUUUCUGGUGCUGCUGCGACUUCACCUGGGGAGGGGUCUGGCUGAGGGUUCAGAGCGUGGUUCUGAGACUGAGCAGGUUGGUCAGCCCCUGCACUGCCCCUUCCAGCCUCCGUGCAUCUCUUGGGCAUGGGGCAAGUGCUCAGGCCUUCUGGUUUCGGGCCUCCUGCCUUGAGCAGCAGCUGGAUCCAGGACCCUGGGAGGAGUUCCUGUGUCCUGCAGGUCUCAGCUCCUACUCAACGUGGGCUCUUUCCGGGAACGUCAGUGCUGAGUCCGGGACACCCUGGGCCCAAGGCCACGCUCGCGGCCUGUCAGCAAUCCAGGCUGUCGGCUCGGGACAGAGGGAAGGGUUAAGCCCCCAGCAGGGCCAGGGAGGGGCAAGGUGGCACCGGCUCCCCAGCUGCUCCCAGGCCCUGCUCUGUGGUGCUGGGGACCUGGCUUUAGUUCCUCGGGGUGGAGGGAGCACCGCGCUGCCUGCCUCUGAGCUGUCUGGAGCAGCCAGUCCUGCAGAUGUGGGCAGCUCAGGCCCUGUGGGAGGGAGGGGGCUUUGUGCCCAGGGUAGCAGCUGAAGGAGCCCCGGGCCUCGCAGCCCCUCCUGGGUGACCAGGUGCUGCUU